AUGCAGCCGGAGCAUAAUAGCUCACGAUCAGUUGCUGCAGAGAUCGACUCCAGCCAUAGCAGUGCCAUAGCAAUGGACUCCGCGGUCGCUGCGCAUGCUCUGGCAGAUGCCGCAGCGCAGGUCCUGGUGGAUGACAAGGAGAUGCGCCGGGGCCUUGUGCAGACGCUGAGCCGGCUGGGCGACCGCUCCGAGCAACUUGCGGCAAUCGAUGCUCUGAGCGAGAAAGCCCUUGGUGGCCUUACGGGUCGUCGAGCUGCAACCCCAGCCCCCCUCCGACCGCCCUCGUCUUGGGCUGCGGACGGAGGACCUGCAGCUGCAUCAGCUGCGGCAACGGAGCCACUUCUGGACUCCAAUGACGAACCCUUCAUCAUCUGGUCGCCUCUUGUUGACAGCCAUCUUGGUGUGAAGCAUGUUGAGGAGCUGCGCACCAAGGAUCGCAGGAGUUUGAUCCUGGAGAUCCCAAGAUUGAAGACCUCUUCAUCGCUUCCUUCACUGAACCGCGCUGGUGAGGCGCUUCCGAACGGCUCGAAUCCGAGACAGCGAAGCAAGGCAUUGCCCGACUAUGCCCCGCACCUUCGCAGGUCGGCUUUGAACAUGGGUAUGCCGUCUCAACUGACCACGACAUACAUGGCCCAAUGCAGCAUUCCGGUUCAGAGCCUUGGAUGCCAUCAGUCACCAGCUGCCAGUGUGAGCAGCGUCAGUGGUGGCCCCUGCAGGCAGAAUUCUUGA